AUAUAUUGAGGUAGCCGACCUGUCUGGCAAGUAAAGGAAAUUACCUAUUGAUUAAUCUUAACAGGAUGAGUAUGAUACAAUAUUGAUAUUGACUCGAGCGGAGAUUGACAUUGGUAAUGAUAAUAAUAAUGCACGUGAACUCGAGUUGAAAAAAAGAAAUGCAUAAAAAUCAUAGCGGCUUAGUUUUUACGCGGGUAAACUGUAUGCAGUCCGCCGCCAUUGGGCAACAACGUAGAGGAAGACAGUGCUGCCACUCUCGGCGCGCAAUACAUUCCUGGAAUAUUUCUCGGGAGCUUCGCCGCGGCAAACACGUAUCUUCCUAACGGUUUUAUCCCACCCAGUGAGUCUCGCGUGUGAUAGAUCCCACGCUAAUGAUUCCUUGUAUCACGACUGAAUGAUUUUUUAACGUGACACUAAGCCCAUAGUCCGAUUCCACGGUAUCCGUUCCUUCUCGUACGGCGUCUUUUCUAUGGCGUCUAACCUCAUCGCGUGCAAUAUUUUUCACGAUCCGACUCAGCACUCCCCGGUGUGUCCGAAUGAUUUGUCAUGGCUACUACGAGAGGCAUCGGCUCUUGCUUUACAGUCAGUGUGUGAUUUAUAUACUUAUUGAACUGUGGUCAAUGAUCCUUCUGAAUAAUUAUCGAUUGGAAAUGUACAGGAGGUAUCGUAAGAGCGAAGCAUCAACGACCUCGAGGUCAGCGGCCAGCUGCAGUAGUGUAUCUCAUACGACACCAAGGCUCGAGGAGAAGCUCCAGCGACAUACCUACACCAUCAGUCGUGUUCCUGUGCGGGCGGCAACAAACUGUGUCGAAUGAUCGAGGUAAAUUUCACAGUUUGAAGUUACGUGAGUGGAAUUUACAGUGCGUCAGUGGGUACGUGCCGUCUGCGAGAGCGUCGUUUUCUUUUCUUUGAGGUCUCGGCUGGAGAAAAAAUGCACUUUCCGGUUCUGCUAUCGGCUUGUACAGUUACCUUAAUUCGCGGGCGUAUCUCGUAACAGAUUACACAGAUUAUUACGGCUCCACUGGACACGGAGGUGGCUCGUCGUUUACGAGGUGCGAAGAAAGAAACUGAACUGGCCAAGCUAUUGAAUUACAGUGCUACCAACCUGCCGGCGCUUACGAAAUCGAUCCGAAUCAAAGUGCCAACUGGAAGAAGAAGAAGCGGCCGAUCGACAGCAGGGAGCCAAUAAGGGUUGCUUGAGGGAUGGAUUGGCAAGGGGUGCGCCCAGUGUCCUCAAAGAAGACGUCCGGCUCCGCAUCUGUGGUAGAACUGAUAUCUGGGGCCGAAGCAUGAGGGAGGAGGCUGCCACCCCAGCGUAACGCAUCACCAUCUCUAUCGCCAUCAUCAACGGGUCCAUAGCUAUAACCAGUAACGGUACCCCCAUCACCAUCGCCAUCACCAUCACCAUCACCACCACCAUCAGCAUCAGAUUCAGGAGCAGCGCCAGCAUCGGCUCCAGCCUGAACGGCCACUACCAUAGCUACGGCCCUGAUCCACUCACCGCAUCAUAAAUCAUCGCACAAUAUGCCGCCACCACAAAACAGCCUUAAAUACCUGGACAGCCAAGCUGACGAGGAAGGGCGCGGGUGUGCGCGAUGAGGUUACGUGGGUUCGCCCCUGAGGUAGAGGAUAUAUCCAAGGGAUAGAAAGCGCCUACCCAGACCGAGCAAGACCAGACGGCGGCCCACUUAUGCCAGGGUCAACUCUAAUGGAUCCGUUUCCACGCCUCGUACCCGUAUCACUAACCAGUGACAGGGUAGCUCAAUUAUGCAAACAAAGUAUACCUAGUUGCAGGGGCUAGAGGGGGUUGGCAUCCCUUCUCCGCGAUCCCCUCUCGCCCCUUGCCCAGGGCUGGCCCAAGAGAUUAAUUCCAUCCCACGGAAUUUUACGUUCGCCUUCGGUACCAUCGUAUCCCCUUCCUGCGAUCGGACGUUCCCGGAAUUUUCGGCUGAUCACGAGGUUAAAAGGGGGUAGCGACAUUCUGUGACCUUUGACAUCGGCUAAAUUCAUUGUGAGAUGCAGAGAGCGGUGCUACUGCUUUGUUGGCUGCCGCUCCUAAACCGCUGCCACGCUGUCAACCCAGGUUGUUCCUGCGUCGUGUACAGCAGCUCGUACAGCCCGCAGGGUGGGACCUUCACGUCGCCUGAUUUUCCGAAACGGUAUCCGCCGAACAUCGACUGUCUCCUUUACACGUUCACGGGACAACCGGACGAAAUAGUCGCGCUCACCUUUCGUCAAUUCAACGUUCGCCGUGUGGAUGCCGAUUGCUCCAAGAGCGACUUCCUUAAAGUUUUCUUGCACCUGGAGAACAACGGGGUGUCCGAAUACACACCCUGGUCAGGAUUACUCUGUGGGACAUUGGCAGACGUUCCUCAAGUACUAUACAGUUCCGGUCGCAUGCUGGUCCUGGAGUUUCACACGGAGGGACUUCCGGUUAACAGUACCGGUUUCUCCGGAAACUUCCGGUUCAUCGAUAGACGAAUGUUCGAAACGGACGGUCAACUGAUACCAGGAACGAUGUGCGACCAUCAGUUUGUCAGUUCUCAGAUGACGCCUCUCCACGGACGAUUUUAUUCGCCACGUUAUCCAUCCUCUUAUCCAAAGAACAUCCGGUGCUCGUACCGUUUCCGGGCAAGGCUGAAGGAAAGGAUUCGCGUGGUCUUCGAGGAAAUAUCAUUACAGGAGGGAGACUUGAGUUGCCUGAACAGAGCUGAUAUAAUAAGGGUCCACGAUGGGACCAGUUCGGCAGCCCCUACGAUAGCCGUACUGUGCAACCAGGGCGCUGAGGUCGAGAUACUCAGCACAGGUGCUGACCUCUACGUCGAAUUCGUCGCUAACUCUGAAUGGCCUGGUCAAGGCUUUAAGGCCAUGUUCCAAUUCCAGCCGCUGGACGACGCCCAUCAUCCUGACCUGGACAAGGUUGCCUUUGGGGCCGUUACGGGGAACCCCAGAUACUCCGUCAUCGGUCCUGCUGUCAGCGCUACAACCUCCUCGUGCGAUAUGAUCUAUAACAGUGAUACGACCAAGACUGGAAUUGUUACGUCGCCAGGUUAUCCGAAUCCUUAUCAGGCUCGGGCUCAUUGCAGAUAUGAUUUUCAAGGUCGGGGCAAAGAACGGGUUCAAGUGGUUUUUCAAGAUUUCAAUCUCUAUCAUCAAACGGAUGAUCCCAAAGAAUGCGACGGUGUCGAUUCUCUGGUCGCGUUUGUUCACAUAGAUGGGAAAAUGGAGAAAAUCGAUUCCUUCUGUGGGACGACACUUCCCACUCCCCUCAUGAGCAAUGGACCCAGACUUCUUCUUGAAUUUCGCGGAGUUACGUCGUCCCGAUACUCCAAGGGAUUCAAAGCCACGUAUUCCUUCACAGAAAACUUUGGCAUAACGACAGGGCGACAACUGCCAGAAUAUCCGUGCGCCUUCGUCUUCAAUAGUAACGAAACACGAAACGGUACCUUCGCAUCGCCAAAUUAUCCAGGAUUUUAUCCACGUGACACCGAGUGCUAUUACUUCUUCCACGGUCAACCGGAUGAGAGGGUUCACCUCCACUUCAACUACUUCGACGUCGAAGGAGUCUUACCAUGCGAAGCAGUGUCGGCUAGCGAUUUUGUCGAAUUUUCGAAUUACAUGGGCAAAGACCGGAAGUACUCCAGACACUGUGGACAACUCAAGGAAUUCGAUGUAGAGAGCGACCGGAAGUUCUUUCGUGUGACGUUCAAAAGUAACGACAGGUUAGACGGGACUGGUUUUAAUGCAAGUUACGUAUUUCUGGACGAGGAGGACAAUUACACGGUGAAGACGCCAUUGAGCAAUGCCACGACGUGGACGGCUUCCCAGAUUCUUCUACUCUUCGCCAUUUGCCUUUUGCUCGGCUAGUUUUUCAAGUGGGACAUGGAUGCUGGAGGAACAGCAUCGCUUCAAGUGGUCUGGUGUCUCGAUUCGCGAGGAACCUUGUCCACGGUAUCAUCUGGAAUCAUUCAAAGCGGCAACGUUAAAUCGUUGAAUCGUAUAUGACUAGGAAACACGAGAGAGACAUCCUAGCUCUAUUUUCUUCAAUGGAAUUGUCAAAGGAAUAUUUCCCACUGAUAUUAUCAUGUUAUCAUCGCUGAAAUACUUGUAAAUUCAUCUUCAUCGUAUCAGGUCAUUGAUUUUAGGAGAUUCGUUCGUAACAGCGAUUGGCGGACGCAUAUUUUAUGCGAAGUGGUGGAAGGGGACACAUUAAAAAAUAGGAAGAAGAAAAAAGAGACAAAGUCAAUGGAAUCCUUAAAUUAGCUAACGAUGAGCGUACCAAUAUCUAUGUGUGCCAAUCGAAAAGUAAUAAUUCAAAAAAAAAAAAAGAUUGUACGUCAAGGAUUAGCUGAAUUGUAUAAACGGUUCAUUCAAUUUGUUAUACUGAUUUUCAUUAAUAAUCGAUGACGUCACAAUAUCUCAUAGGGUAAUGACAGAUUUCAUAUUUCUCAAAAGGAAUUGCAUACUCGCUAUCAGAAUGAAAAAUAAGAAUAUGAGACAAUUGACACUUCCGUCUGCAAUCGUAGGACGCUGUUCGUUGCGCACUUUACUUUCCUGCCGAAAUCGAAUUUAAUAAGUCAUCCAGAAGAAGCACGGCGACGUUGGACACAAGUCGCAGUACCUUUUUGGCUUUAAGCCACCGUCUGAAAUGGCUUCUUGCCUCUGCCAGCCGGAAGCGUCUCAGAAAUUUUCUGGAAAAUACAAGUCCAACACGAAUAAUAAAUUACAGCUGUUACGAGUGAGCGCAGCCAUUAGAAUUCUCAUGAACGUCAGGCAAUUAUAAUGUGGAACCUGAUCCUUUUUGUACCUCCGUCAUUUCCGUAUUAAAAGUCCCUCAUAGAAGCGAAGACCAUCUGACAGUAAAUCUGUAGACACGAAGCACGGAGUCCUAAAACAUAUUUACUUUUUCAAAAUGAACAUCAAUCAACACCUUAUGACUACCGGUGACUACUUGAAAUUAGAGCGACGUCGUACCAUUUCGAAUUCUAAAAUCGCUAUUAUUGAUUCUCUUCAUUAUUCGAUAAAGUCAUUAGUAGAUAAAUAAAAAUAUUGUUACACGAUCUUUCGUUGAACGAAAGUUUUUAGAAAAAAAAUCUCUUGCACACUUGCAACUUUACGUUGCUUCACGUGAAUCUAAAAUCGAAGCAAUUCAUUUUUCAUGAGAACGUAUCUCGUUCAGCACUAAAUAAAAAAUUCCGUUUGCCUUCUCGCAAGACGUAACUAAUAUCCAAAAUUUAAAGAAAUUAAUUUUAAAAAAUAAACAGCCACGUUACUUUGUAAUAUGCUGAACAUCGAAAAUACCGAUAAUAAAAAUUACAGACGUGAUGCAAUAGUCGACGCCCACGUCGAAGAGAACGAGACAUUUUAAAGAGGAAAAAAAAAUGUAAAAAUUCUCCACUAACUAUACAUAGUGAAAUUGUAUUGAUAAAAAGAGAAACGGCGAUUACGAACUCAAUAUCAAAUGGUGUAUCUAUAAAAUUUAAAUAGUUAUACUAUUGUCGUGUAUGUUAGACCAUUGUGAAUAUUUUUAAUAGGUUUAUAAUUCGUUGAUAAUUUAACCCAAAUCAAUAGUCGAUUUAUAAGACGAUUCGAGUGAUUUCUCGUAGUACAUAAGACACGUGUGCGAAUGAGUGGAGAGAAUGAGUGAAAAAAAAAAAGAUUUAUACGUGUGAUCGGUGACCACUAACGUUUACUGCUAUUUAUAUGUUAUUAAUAUAAAAAAAAAAGAAAAAGAUAUGAGAUAAGAGAGAAAAUACUAUACUACUAAGUUAUAUACCUAAAUUAGCACUAUGCGAAAUACCUAUGUAUAUCUAUCACAUUGUAAAUACUAUUAUGUUUAUUGCAAUCAAACUGCUAUCGCUAACGAAUUGUCACACUCUCAUUCCGUACCAGCUAUAAUAACUCAUGCAUUAACGUUGCUAUCAGAAAGUCAUAAAAGGCAAGCACAGAAGGAACAGGAAAGAGUUUGCUAAAGUUUAGCGCACAACCAUUUUUACCAAGAGAAGUGUUCCUUGCUGAUAGCCGAUCCAUUCUCUUGCGAGUAAGAUUUGAACGGGGCGUUCUCUAUGAGCCAUUUGUGAUAAAUGGCAAACGUCAGGCAAUUCCAGUCAAACUACAUGAGCUAUGUCCGUUUAUUACUUUCCGAUUGCUUCGUACCAACAGUCGAGUAAAGAAUUAGGGGCGACCCAGUUGCAAGUUCCUGAGCCCUGAAAACUUAAUCGCUGUACCGUGUUUUAAUGGUGCCUUUAAGUUUUCAAAGUUGCGUCCGGGACGCCCCAGACUUUCCCUCGCGGUCAAAAAGUAUCUGAAAGCAUCGCAGUCGUCACGCGAACAAUCAGAUUUCUUGAUCGAUUCACGAACUGCGAUAUCCGCUUUUCGCGGAUGUAUUUUCUUAUUCAGUUUUGAGGCUCUUGCCUAAUCAUCUCAUAAGUUACUCAAAUGUAAUACAAUCAUCACUAGCAUACUAAUAAAAUUAACCGUACGAAUUCAGAAA